AUGGGAAGAAUGCAGUUGCCUAGACAAUUCUUUCAAGAAAAAACUCCUACUUACAUUUUGGUCACCAAAUUUACCAAAUUAGGCGUUUCGAAUAGAAUUGGUAACCAUUUUUCGGCAAAUCUAAAUGCACUCAGUAAUAUUAGUAGAGAGAUCGCUUUUCUUUUUUGCACUCAGCAUUCAAGUUCCAUUUUGAAUAAUCGACUGCCAAAGUUUCGUAUUUUACUAAUUCUUAUGAGUAGCGUGAAUUAUGAUUUGCUUAUUUCAACGUCACAUAAAAUCUUGCUGGAGAAAAUGAAACUUACCUUCGAGGCGCUGGAUCCACUUGAGUUGUGCUGUCGCGUCAACAAACAAUGCCCUGACGCAGAUGACGACAACCAUGGUAACAAAUACUUGGGAGAGAAAGUGCAGUAUUUUUGUGCUAUAGCAUUUCAAAACCGCAAAAUUGCUUUAAAUUGCCAAAUGCUAAUACGUCAACCUGUAUUGCAACGUCCUCAGGUAGUGUUUUCUAACAUGUCGAAGUUUGAGGAAAUUGCACAGUCAUUUGUAUUGCAAAUGCACGAAGCAUCCGCCGGAUUACCUAUCACCAUCAACGUAUCUACCAUUGGAUAUUGUAGUCCAAAAUAUUCGCCUCAGUAUCGUGUUGGAAAGUCAUGUUUAAUUAAUCGAUUUAUGAGCCGUUCUCAAUACACAGAGGAUCAUCUCUCUGUUAUAAGCAAUUCAGACUAUUAUGGGAGCAUCAUAGCUGGGGAUCAAUGGAUUUAUUGGGGUUCCAGGAUAAUACAACAUGAAUCAAAAAGGUAUCGCCUGAGAAUAAUCGAGCAAUGCGAUUUUAUUGAUGACCACUUAUUUACUCCAUUCGGAACUGAACCCUAUAUAGAUAGGUGUUUCUCAAACAUGAUUCACGUCGAGUCACCAAAAACAGCCUAUAUUUGCAAAGAUCAAGUUGGGAACGAGUGGAAUUAUUCGCGAGAAAUCCUUGAACCGUGUGAUUUUGUCGUCGAUGCUUUUAUUAUUGUGCUGGAUAUUACUCUCACAGGUGAAGCUGCACUUUCCCAACAAAGCUUUUUAAAAAGAGCUAUAAUGGAGAUGCGGAAACGAAAAAUUCCAUUUGUAUUUGCAUCAUCCAAACAUGAUUGUGCUGCCUCUCCCGAGAAUAAGGCGUUUAUUAAAUGUCUGCUGCACAAGGGAUCAAAGGUACUAAAGAAGAUUCGCUACUGUAGGGUAGAAACAUCGGCCAAGCUUGAUGUCAACGUCCAGCAAGCAUUUUUAUCUGCUGCUCUCUUGUGCUCCUCAUCAUCAAGCGAAAUAAAUUGCAAAUACUUCCCUUACUCACCACCACCUGGUAUCUGCACUCAAUCCUUUAUGAACUCUGGUGCUCACUUUCACAUACAAGUUCGCUUUUUCUUUUCAAAUAACUUGAGCUAUGGCUCAGCAGUGCCCGACAUGACGGCAGUAAAACGAGCAGUCGUAUGCAUUUGUGUGUGUGUAUACUUCACUUAUAAAUCUGAAGCAUAUUUUCCAGCUAUUGUUUUUUAUUACUUAAUUUGUGACCCCAUCAAAGCGCCCAGAAAAAAAAAACUUCCAGUCUCUGUGAAAAGCGGAAAUAUAAAUAUGUGCGUCACAUUUUGCUCUUUUGAGAAUCACUUUAUCUUCACACGUCUAGAAUGUGUCGGAGUAAAAAGACAAUCCCAUGAGUUGUUUUGUUUUAUCGGCGAUAAAGGGAUUAUGAGUGGAAAUAUGGCCAUUUGUGGUGUUUUACUAGAAUUAAAACACUUCUCUAGUCAAAUUCCACACAUUAUGAACCAUAAUUUGUGUGUUUUACCAGUAAUUUUUGAUGUUAGUCACAUGAAUAGAGGUACAUGCAUGGUUUGUGGAUAUCUUUCACCAUUUAUGGAUUGUUUUUCAACUCCAUGUGGGACGUCGGAAAUAAUUUUGAACAAGGUGUGGUUAGCUUCUGAUUUUCUAAACGUCUCUACCUUACAGUUUGUCUCCAAAGUUAUGCAUUACCUUAACAAUUUGAACCAUGGCGGUACUAAAAAGAAGUUAGUUUCAAUGUUUCUUAAAAUGAAUCUCCCUGCUUUUUCUCAACCCCUGAAUACGUGUUUAAUGAAUUCUCAUUGGCAAGAGGUCAUUAAUCGUAUUGACUCUCGGAGGGCAUCACAUGUAUAUGAUGCCCUACCGUCACAAAUAUGUGUCAGCAGUGGUUUAGUUGAAAAUAUUGGUAGUGCAAGCACUGGUUUCAUAGACGGCCAAUAA